UGCAGGGUCAUGGUUCUGGUGAACCCCCAGAGUGGGCGGGGCCAGGCUCUCCAGCUUUUCUCCGGGCAAAUCGAGCCCAUGCUCACCGAGGCUUCAGUCCCCUACACACUGGUCAUCACUGAGCACCAGAACCAUGCGAGGGACCUGGUGAGAGAGACUGAUCUGUCACAGUGGGAUGCUCUGGUCAUCCUGUCAGGAGACGGGCUGCUGUUCGAGGUGUUGAAUGGUCUUCUGGAGAGAGAGGACUGGGAGGAGGCCAUCCAGACCCCAUUGGGCAUCUUACCAGGGGGCUCGGGCAACGCCCUGGCAGCCUCCGUCCACCACUACACUAAGUCUCCCCCGGCCUGGGGUAAGGAGCUGCUGCUGAGCUGUGGCUUCCUGCUGUGUAAAGGCCUGGUGACUCGGCUGGACCUGGUCUCUGUCCACCUGGCCUCCAGCCAGCGCAUCUUCUCCUUCCUCUCCCUGGCCUGGGGCUUCGUGGCCGACGUCGACAUUGAGAGCGAGAAGUACCGCCUCGUUGGCCCCAUGCGAUUCCUGGUUGGUACGCUGAUGCGCCUGGCCUCCCUCAAGGUAUAUCAAGGUAGGUUGGCAUACCUGCCUGCUCCUCCCUUCACAUCCCAGAACUCCUCUCUCUGCUCCUCUCUACCCUGUGGGCCCAACAGCUCCCCCAAUCAGAACUCUCGCCACAACCACAGCACAAACCACAGCACAAACUCCAACCACAACACCGCCCACAACUCCUCCAACAUUGCCAUCACAACCAUGAGGACCAAGCCCCAACCAGUCAACCAGAAGGGGCCUCCUGACUCGCUCCUAGUAGACCUGGAGCAGCCGUUGCCUGAGCAUUGGACAGUAGUGAAUGAGGAAGAAUUUGUACUGGUAUUGGCCAUGUUCCAGUCCCACCUGGCUGAGGACCUGUUUGCCGCCCCUGGGGCCACAGCAGACGACGGCUUCAUCCACCUGUUGUAUGUGCGUGCAGGCAUCUCCAGACUAGCCCUGCUCACACUCUUCAUGACCAUGGAGAAGGGGGGCCACCUGGCUAUUGGCUGCCCACACCUUGUGUAUGAGAGGGUGAAGGCCUUUCGCCUGGAGCCUCUGUCCCCCGAGGGAGCGAUCACUGUGGACGGGGAGAUGGUGGAGUACGGGCCAGUACAGGCCCAGGUUCAUGAAGGAAUUGCCAGGCUCAUCUCAGGCUGAGAAUCUACUCAGAGCGUCUGUCCUCCCCACAGCUCUGACUUCUCGCUCCCUUUCUUACUCUGUCUACUGUAUAUACAAAGUUCCAAAGACACUAUAUCAGCCUUUGGAAAAUCCCCUCUCUUUUUUCUACAGAUACAUUCAGUAUCUAUCUCUGUGUCCUGUUUUUUAGAGAUCCCUCCCUUUCCUCUCCAUGCUUCAUUCAGGGUCAAAGCCAUGGGUGUUCUUGCAGCUGGCUGGUCUCAGCUAAGAGUGUGUGUGUAUGAUAGUGUGUUGUGAGCGGUGUGUUUAGUAGGGAGGGGCCCACGGCUGAGGAGUACCUUGUGUGCUCCGCUGUCUGACUUAAUAAGUGUGACACACGU